CUGUCAAGGGCAAGGACACCCUAGUCUUUCAUUCCGCCCUCAGCCAGGUCGCCCCUUUUCUUCUCUUGUCAAUUGUUGUGGCUGGCGCAUUGGUGGUCAACUCCACUGCUGUGCGUGGUGGUUUUAGAUGCGUUUACGCACCGGGAUUCACUGGAGAUGGUUUUGCUGGGGGCACUGGAUGUCUUAAAUGUGAGAUUGCUGGACUCGAGUCAUUAUUUAUAUUCACUGCCUUACAUUCCAAUACAACAAACAAACAAAAAGAAAGCUUGUAGCAAUGAUCCUCAAGAUGAGAAUGACGUAGGGUGCUAUAAGGGGAGGUUUUGCAGAAAAAGAAUGGUUAUUCUUGCUGAUACAAUCUUGCCUAAGAUUGAAAGUAACAAGUUUCCUGAGAUUGUGGAUCCAACAUGUGCAGACAACAUGUGCAGCAAUAGCAGAAUAGAGCCUAAACUAGAGGAAAGAAGUUUGAAGGUGAUUGUGUUGAAGGCAACCGGACAAGCAAUCAAAAAAGUUGUAGCUGCUAUUGGAAUUAUCAAGGAAAAGAAGAAAGGAAAAGAAUGCGAAUGAAGCUCGGGAUGAUGAUUUGUAUUGUCCUUUUUUUUUUUGCUUUGGAUGUCUUGUUAGAUUUGUUGUUUGGAUUAUGACUUGUUGACCUUUGUAUUUUGCAUAUUAUAUGACUUGUUGUUUGGAUAUUGUUUAUUUGUGUAUGAAUAUGAUGUGUUUAAUUU